AUGAAAAACAGCUUAGGCAGAGUUUGGGCGAACGCAACCAUAUUUGUCUGUUUCACUUCCUGUAAACAUGGCAACACAUCGUCGGCGAAUGCUAAUGCCGAAAACAUGCCCUACAUCGACAGCUAUCCGAAAUUUGAAAAUAACAAGUUCUUCGACAGUGUCAUUAAACAUAAUGGGGACUUUGUUGCGUUCAGUUGUGUUCCCCAAGUGCCGACAUCGGUGAACUUAACAUGGUUGCUGAACAAUAGGCCACUCGAUGUUUAUCACAAGUCGAAAGUCAUUGUCAAGAAGUGGUCGCUUUCAAUAGCACACUUAGAAACUUCGGAUACGGGAACAUAUACAUGCCAACUUUGCAACAAAAUUGGGUGUGUUUACCGCUCAACGAAUUUGAGGGUGGUAACGAAGCGACCUAAAGUUGUAGUCGGGGAACUUAAAAACCAAUCUGUCCAUAUGGAUCAUAACGUUAUUUUUGAGUGUGAUGUAGUGUCAGAUUCCGCACCGCAAAUAUUUUGGUUUAAGCACGACGCGCCUAUAAAUGUGUCAGUUAAACCGCUGGAUGUGCUAAAGGAAAGGAAUAUGAGAAGGAUGGUGACGCAAGUUGACAAACCACGCUUUCUCAGGCUUGGUAGUGUACAAGAAGAAGACGAAGGUUGGUAUACAUGUGUUGCCACAAAUUCGCUAGAUGCAGCAAUGACAAGUGCCUUCUUAGAUGUCGUAUCUGACGCGUCCCAGAGUACUGACAGAUCGGAUGCAAGAAAUGAUAACUCGGAAGAAAUCUUACAUGAGUUUAAUUCGCUGAACUUGGAACAGGCCGAGACUGACGAGUCCUCAGACCACGAACUUAAACCCGAAAACAAAACAACGAAUGAGUCCGAAGAAAGUCCCCCUGUAUUCAAAAACAUAAACAAAUUAAUCCAUCAACUGCACAAACCAUCAGGAAGCUCUCUGCAACUGCUUUGCCCAGCCACUGGCAAUCCGAGUCCAAAUAUAACAUGGACCCUAAAUGACACGGUUAUAGAACGCCAUAUAGGAAAAGUCACAUACAAGAAGUGGUCAAUACAAAUGGACGACGCUAUAACGAAGGACUCUGGUGUGUACAAAUGUCGGAUAUGCAAUAUCCACGGGUGCAUAGAGCAUUCAACUAAAAUAACAAUUUUUGACCGACUGCGCACAAGGCCUAUAAUUAGCGACAAGUUUCCACAAAAUCAAACCGUCCUGGUGAAUAGCAGUGCAACGCUGGAGUGCAGAGUUGUGUCUGAUCUAGAGCCAUUCAUUUUCUGGCUUAAGUUUGCCAAGAAAAAUGAAUCCAUUGAAGAGCUGGAGAAAAUUGCUCAGAACUUUGACGUCCGACAGAGCACUAAGAAAUCAAGUGACAUAAUAGUGCUUAACCGCGGUGCGGACGAGCCCAAUAUCCUGACUUUUCCAAAUGUUACACAUGACGACGAAGGUUGGUACUCCUGUGUUGCAGCCAGCGACCUUGGGCAGGCUGCGGCGAGCGCCUACUUAAAAGUUGUUGAUACGCUACCGCUGCGGGACGGGUUGGCGCGUAGCCAUCCCGCAUGGAUUACAACAGUUGGAGUUGUCGUUGUUUUGCUCUUUCUGCUCGGCACAGUUUUUAUCAUUUACGUCUUGCGAAAUUUGAAACACGAAAAGCUUCUGAAGCAGAGAAUCGAAACCGUCCACCAAUGGACGAAGAAGGUGAUAAUUUACAAGCCUCCACCCUCGGAUGGCAGUACGUGCGACUUGCAAAUGCCCGUAAUAAAAAUCGAGAAACAACGCACGACAUUCACAACGUCCACGAAUUCAGAUCCAACCCAAGGCUUCAACGAAUAUGAGUUUCCACUGGAUUCGAAUUGGGAAAUACCACGUAGUCAAUUGUCGUUGGGAUCAACGCUGGGCGAGGGCGCCUUCGGACGUGUAGUCAUGGCGCAGGCAAGUGGAUUGACCCGUGCCCCCGCUAAUAAUAAUGCAACUACAAUUGUGGCUGUUAAAAUGGUUAAGGAGGAGCACACGGACGCUGACAUGGCAAGUUUGGUGCGCGAAAUGGAAGUGAUGAAGAUGAUCGGAAAGCAUAUAAAUAUCAUCAAUCUGUUGGGUUGCUGCAGUCAAAAUGGACCUCUGUGGGUUAUUGUUGAAUUCGCCCCUCAUGGAAAUUUGAAAGACUUUCUGAAGAAGAAUCGGCCAAAUUCCGCAUGGGGAAGUUGCAGUCUGAAAAGGGAUAGCGACUAUUUGGAGGAAAAGCCUGUAUUGACGGAGAAGCAGCUGACGUCGUUUGCGUUUCAAAUAGCACGUGGCAUGGAAUAUCUAGCUUCAAGGCGCUGUAUUCAUCGAGAUUUGGCAGCGAGAAAUGUUCUGGUCAGUGAUGACUAUGUAAUGAAAAUAGCUGAUUUUGGCCUUGCUCGAGACAUCCAAGAUACUGACUACUACCGAAAAAACACCAAUGGCCGAUUGCCCAUAAAAUGGAUGGCUCCCGAAUCGCUGCAAGAGAAAUUUUACGACUCCCAGUCUGACGUCUGGUCGUACGGUGUUCUAUUGUGGGAAAUUCUAACUUAUGGUGAACAACCAUACCCGAACAUCAUGUCAGCAGAAGAGUUAUAUAGCUAUCUAAUAACCGGGCAAAGGAUGGAGAAGCCGCCACGUUGCUCUCUCAAUAUUUAUAUGCUGAUGAGGCAGUGUUGGCACUUUGACUCCAAUGCCAGGCCCACAUUUUCAGAAAUAGUAGAAAACUUGGACAAAAUUCUUCAGUUGUCGGGUUCAACGCCAAAUGAAGAAUAUUUGGAUUUGUCAAUGCCUAUGCUCGAGACGCCGCCAUCAUCCAGUGAUGAUGAAUCCGAAAGUGAAACAUUCCUUGAAUCGUCCGCAGCCAGAUACGAAUAUACCUAUAAAUUUAAAUGA